AUGGCCGAUCCCCUCUCGAUGGCAGCGAGCAUCGCCGGCGUCAUCACGCUUGUCGAUGUCGUCUUCUCUCGGCUCGUCAAGUACGCCAAAUCAGCCAGCAAUGCGGCGAGUGAGGCCAAGGCGUGGGCGGACGAGGUCAACGCUGUCGGCGGCCUUCUCAACAGCCUCUCGAGGUUGGCCCGCGCGCUCGAAGACGAGCCGUUUGAUGCCACGCUGCGCAUGCACCAUAUCGACGGCUGCUUCCGCGUCUUGUCUGAUCUGAACCAGCUCCUAAAGAAGGCCGAGAAAGAACUGGAGAGUCCGAGCCAGUUCACCGUCCUACAGCGCAAACUCCGAUGGCCGCUCUCUACCGAGCGCAUCAAGGAACUCAUGUCUGAGCUAUCGAGACACAAAGAAAGCAUCUCGAUGGCGACCUUGGCCGACUCGAUGAACGGAAUCCUGCGCUGUCUCGCCCUGGGAAGCAGCCUCCAGGCGUCCACGUCCAAGAUCCUCACUGAAAUCAGGGACACUAAAAGAAUCACUGCCCGCAUUCAGGAGGAUGCAGAACGGCAGCGUGUGCUCAGCUUCUUUCUGAAGGCCAACCCGCAGGGGCGAUACGAGACGAGCCUGAGCCUGCGGCAUCCGCGGACCGGCCUGUGGCUCCUCCGUCUGCCAGCCUUCCAGAGAUGGAUCGACACGGCUGGAUCGAAGCUGUGGCUCACUGGAAUCCCAGGAGCGGGCAAGACUGUCCUUGCCGGCUCCGUCAUCGAAGCAGCGCUUGCCAGAGGCAGCGAGAAUGUUGCCAUCGCCUUCUUCUUCUGCGACUACAAGGACGAGAGCACCCAGCUGCCGGUGAACAUUCUGGGUGCCCUUGCCGCCCAGUUGGCCUUGCAGAAGGAUGAAGCGUAUGGCGUCUUGGCCCGGUACUACCAGGAGCUGCACGGCGCCCGCCACUUGUCGCGGAAUCCGACCACAUCGGGUCUUCAAAAGGUACUCUCCAAUAUGCUGAGCCUGUUCGACCGAGCGUACCUGAUUGUGGAUGCUCUCGAUGAAUGCGGGAACCAUGUCAGCGAUGUCGUCGCCGCCAUCGCUUCCUGGGCCGAAAACGAAGAACGGCUGAGCAUCGCCCUGUUCAGCCGUGACGAGACCGCCAUCCGGGUUCGCUUGGAAGAUGACUAUGAGAAGGUCGAGAUCGCAGCUCGCGCCGACGAUGUCGCCGAAUACGUCUCGGCCCAAAUCGAGGAGCGCAUCCGGACCGGAAGGCUGCGGAUCCACGACGAUCGUUUGAAAGGGGAAAUCCUCGAUCGUCUAACAGAAGGAGCAGCUGGAAUGUUUCGCUGGGUCGCGUGCCAACUGGACCAUCUUGGCACCUGCCUCACGGACAGGGAGUGCCGCGAUGCUCUCGAAACCCUCCCGCCGACGCUUUCCGAAACCUACAGUCGUAUCCUCAAGCGGAUCCCCCGAAGGCAGGUCGCCGUCGCCCAGAUGGCCUUGAACUUCAUCGCAUUCGCCCACCCGCCCCUUCCAAUUCCCCUGCUCGAGCAUGCAAUCUCUCCCUCGGCCAAAGGAGGCUCGCUCGGACCAGGCGACAUCAUCCGCCAAACCACCAUCUCCGACUUGUGCAGCAGCCUGAUCAGAAAGUCGGGCAGUGGGCACGACCUCAAGUCUCGUUUCGAGUUUGCCCACUUCUCCGUCCGCGAGUUCCUUGACAGCGACGAGCUCGCGGAUCUCGGCCUCGAACAUUUCAGGGUGUCGGCGUCGAGUUGUGCCAGGCUCCUCGCAGUGCAGUGUCUGCGCUACCUGAUGCUGGACAACUUCAACAAGGUCCCGGAAGCCACCAUCCAAAGCAUCGGGGCCGUUGCCCGAGAAAACAAGCGCUUCUACGUGUUCUACGACUACGCGUCCGUCUUUUGGGCUGUGUAUGCACGCGGCGAGAUGGAAGACCCGGAGGUUGCAGACCUGGCUACAAGUUUCUUUGCGCCCCAGAAAACACCGGCAUUCAAUCGCUGGGCGCUGUGCCUCAGCCUGCAGAUUCAAACUGCGGGUUCGGUCAUGCAUGCAUACUCGCCUCUGCGUGGUCAUCUAGGAGACUUUGUUGAUGCUAGUGAAAACAGUCCCAGGCACCAACGUGAGCUGGUCGGGACGGCAGCGAAGAUGCUCCACAACACAUUGCAGCCUCUUCACCUAGCUGCGCUGCUUGGGCUCCCGAACACUUGCUGCCGGAUCCUCAAAGACCAAACUUCCCAAAUCAACCUUCAAAGCCCGCUGGGUUCUCCGCUGCAGUGCGCCACUGCCGGUGUUCGACUCCUUUCACUGCAAAACCAGAAAUCGCACGUGGCCGAUAUGGCAAACUUCGGGUGGUUCUACCGACCAAGAUCCGCGGGAACACCAGAAACUCCACCUAAUUGUAUGGGUCAGACGGUCGAGUGCCUCCUUGCCGCCGGUGCGAGAUGCGACGACUCCUACCUGUUGCCUGGGAGCACCAUCUCCUUGAUGAGAACUGCCAUCUUUGCUGCUCGCGACUUGACAGACUUCUCGGUGAUCGGCAUGCUGCUGGCGCACGGCGUCACCGUCAGUGAACGGGAGCUUGUGCUAUUCGAGAGGCUCUUGAUGCGCUCGCUCUUCCUCCGAGACCUGUCCGCGAAGCCCACACCCCUGGCUCAAGCCCUCCCCUUGUUCCUCCUAUCACUGAACGACCUGGCCAAGAGCGCGCCUAGCGCGCUCCCAUUGGCCUCUCUUGUGUGGAAGGUUAUGGCGCACUUUGAUUUGGCUGGAAACUUCUCCAAACAGCUGCUAUCUACUCUCGACUCUAGGAUUUGGCUUACGGAGGAUGCCUUUCCCAUAUGGGCCAUCAGCACUGUCAGGUCGGCUGAUAUGGCGUCUUUAGACGUGCUCUUGAGCGACCCACGGCUCGACCCCUUAGGCCUUCGCACCGAGAGAGGAGGGUCCUUGCUUCAUGUCGCUACGGAAGGUCCCCGUUACUAUCGCAAUAUCACAGAGCUCCGUAUCGUCACAGACCGAUUGCUCAAAGCUGGCAUAUCUCCGUUAAUCGCAGACGACAACGGCGAGACGCCUCUUCAUGUCUGGGGCUGGGAUUGUUGGGCUCGGUCGGACCAGGACUCGGAGCUUCUGGAAGAUCUCGUGCGGUCUCUCGAGCUGGCUGGACUCAGUGUCGACCAACGGGAUCAGCGCGGACGCAGCGUGCUGCAUGCCAAUCUGGCUAAGCCCCAACAGCUGAAAGCAAUCGUCAACGCUGCGGACCGCGAGGCCCUCGAUCGGGCCCUGCGGACCACUACGUUCCCGGAGGGCUUCACCCCACUAAUGGAAGCGCUCAGGUCGGGAAACGAGGAAACUGCCGCCACCCUUCUGCAAUUCUGGGCCGAGAGACACGGAUACAAGUCUGCUGAAGACGGCACCGAAAAUCAAAAUCCAGUGUCGACAGCUAUCGACUGCCUAGUGGAACUGGGCUAUCUUGAAGCUUACGAAGCGCUCAACGCUCAAUCCGGGCUCGCCCGCAUGCUGCAGGCUUUGUGGCCGGUGGAGUACACAGGCGCGGCUACCUUUCUGGUCCUGUGGCCAUUGCGUGAAGAACCCAUCGCAAAGGUGUUGGCGAGUACCAAACACUGGUCGAGUUUCAGUCGCUCCCAGGCAGGGACCAUGUUGCUGCAAGCUGCCUCCCACUGUGGCUAUGUCCAGCUCAUCAGAGCGCAGCUCAAUGACAGCCAGAGCCUCUCUCGCCUGCUGUCGGCCCACAUUGGGCUUAGCCGUUCGGACAAUCUCGGUCAGACCAGCGCAGCAUAUGGACUUGUCCAGUAUGCCGCAGAGGGUGGACAAGCCUGGAUCGUGGAGGAGCUGAUCCGCCGCAUGGGCAUAGACCCCUAUAUACUGGCAGGACCGGUGGCUGGUUCUCGGCCGGCGGUGGGAAGUCACGUCGUUCAUGGCCAGCUCGACAACGCGAGGGCUCCAUCGGAUGGGGCCGAUCCAGCGGCCAAAGACGCAAGAGGAAUCGACGCGGUGCUUGCCGCCGCAUGUUCCGAGAAGGUGGAGGAGACAGUUCCAGCACAACACUGCACAGACAGAGAACCUUCAUGUGCAGUGGAAGGUGGUCAGAUUGGCAACCACCACCCUGGCGCUGGUGGGCCGAAGCCACACUAGGGGAGUGGCCUCUUAUAUCUUGACUCUGGGCUGACCCCCGACUAUCUUCCUACUGUUCUCUCACUUUAUGCCGGUCAGUCACAAAUUGAAGAUCAUUAUGUUGUUUUGGCCCGC